GCGCUACGACUGCAUAAAGCAAAGUUCACAAGAAAUGCAACUGAAGCUGCAAUUUUCUGGCCUAAAUUGGCAAACAUGAAGCAACAGAAAGCAAUUGGCAAGAGAUUGCCACAUUGGCACCAUUCACCCUUGCAUCCCAAGCUUACGAAAUUUCUAAGCUAACACGCAAGUGCAAAAAGAGGGCUCCACGCAUACCCCACGAGGCGAGGGCUCCUGGACGCUCGGCAGUAGCUCUUCACUCCUUCGCGCCAGGCUGCGAUCCCAGGUUAUGAGGCUCACGGACACGUCAGAGCGACGCAAAUGACCCCACGUUGCACCGUAGCGUGCGCAUUUUAAAAGUUGGUCGACGUCAGCAGCUCGGAGCAGUCCCAGCACUGGUGGCAAGAAAACGAAAGUCCACGACUGUCCUCCAUCCACGCAUCUGCCGACAACGUUGCCUUUGCGUUUGCAUUGUGCUUUUGCAUGGGGAAGGCUCGCUAGUCCAGUUUCUCACAACUUUGUUCUGCAACAGACCACAACACGUCAGUUUCAAUUCCUUUCAAAUAUUCCAAUAAAACCAUCACCAUGAACGCUUUUGCCCGCUCCAUUGCCCAAACCGCCCCUCGUGUUGCUGGACGUCGUUUCAACUCCACUCUGCCCGAAAGCUUCAACUCCAAGCAGAAGACCAUGAAGCAAAUCUGGUUGAGCGAUCCCACCACAUACCCUAUCAUGGCCGUUGUUGCUUUCGCCACCGGUAUUUGCUUCACAUUUGCCACCACCAAGCUCAUGUUCAGCCCCGAUGUCCGAAUCACCCCUGCCCGCAAGAACUCUCCCGUCCGAAUCUAAAUAAUGUUCUCUCUUGGCUCCAGGAGUUGAGUCAAAUUUGAAAAGAGCAACUGGCAAACAGUUAGUUAGUUACACAACAACAAUGACACAAUGAGCGUGUCGCGGCGGAUGGUAGGAGUGGUACAACACUGUGGAGUGCCGUAUGGAGGAAACAAACAAACAAACAGCCUCGAGUGGAUGCUUGAUGCGUAUUUUGAAGCAAGGACCAUGUAGCUGGGGAACAACAUUAAUCUUUAUAAUGUGAAUACAACAUG